UUCAACUGUGAAUCUGAGCAGCAGGGUGUACCAGUUAGCAGUAAUUCUGGAUUCCAUUAUGAACUGCAAUAUAGAGUAUAUCACUGUCCAUAAUGUACCAGCAUGGAGCACCACACAUAACAUCCUGAAACCAGAGUUUUCCACAAAUAGAUUGUAGGCUGUUUAAAUGUUUGGUCACCAAGACUAUAAUUUUAUUGCUUCCUCCCAACAGGACUGAAUGUGAGUGGACACAGCGUGAUCGCGCAUGCAGUCCAUUGAUCAUUACCAGCCUCCUGACACUCUGAACCCACCAUGGACUCAGGAAAGCAGCUAACAGGUACGCUGGCUCUGGCUGUGUUCACAGCAGCACUGGGGUCCCUGCAAUAUGGUUACAGUCUUGGAGUCAUCAACGCACCACAACAGGUCAUUCAAAAGCAUUAUGGCCGCUCCCUGGGGGUCUGGUCAGAGAGGAACGCUGUCCCUCCAGAAAACAGCACAGAAGAAGAGGAGUUACCAGACGUGGCACAUAACCCUGCUGUGGUCAUGUACUGGUCAUUGUCGGUGGCAAUCUUCUCCAUUGGUGGCAUGUUAUCCUCCUUCCUGGUGGGAUUUGUGGGAGACCUGAAAGGGAGGGUAAAAGGCAUGUUAAUGGUCAAUGUUCUGGCUAUAGCUGGUGGACUGCUGAUGGGUUUUUGCAAGAUGUGGAAACCUCAUAUAAUGGUCAUCUCAGGCCGUGCUGUUAUGGGUUUUUACUGCGGGUUGACAUCUGGACUGGUGCCAAUGUACAUUGGAGAGAUUGCACCCAAGGCUUACAGAGGGGCUCUGGGAACAUUACACCAGCUGGCUAUUGUCACUGGCAUCCUAAUCAGCCAGGUGAUAGGCUUGGACUUUGUGCUUGGUAACGAUGAUAUGUGGCCCCUGUUACUUGGUCUGUCUGGAGCUCCAGCAGUAUUACAAUCCCUUCUGUUACCUCUGUGCCCUGAGAGCCCGCGGUACCUUUAUAUUCAACUGGGCAAGGAUCAAGAGGCUAAAAAAAGUCUGUAUCGUCUAAAGGGGCGGUAUGAUGCAACUUCUGAUCUGGAGGAGAUGCGAAGGGAGAAAGAGGAAGCAGACAAGGAGGCCAGGGUCUCUAUCCUUUCUUUGAUCCGCUCCUCUGUGUACAGACAGCAGCUGUUUGUUGCCCUCAUGAUGCACCUCUCUCAACAGUUGUCUGGCAUCAAUGCAAUCUUUUAUUACUCUACGAGUAUCUUCUCUCGGGCCGGUGUUGCUCAGCCAGUCUACGCCACUAUAGGAGUUGGGGUCAUUAACACAGUCUUCACUCUGGUGUCUGUUGCACUGGUGGACAAGGCUGGCAGGCGUACUCUGACUCUCAUUGGUCUGGGAGGGAUGUGCUGCUGUGCAAUUGCCAUGACAGUGGGCCUCAAAUUCCAGUAUGAAUACUCCUGGAUGAGCUACAUCAGCAUGUCAGCGAUCUUCCUCUUUGUGAGUUUCUUUGAAAUUGGUCCUGGCCCUAUUCCGUGGUUCAUAGUGGCUGAACUUUUCAGCCAGGGACCUCGGCCUGCGGCCAUCGCUCUCGCUGGCUGCUGCAACUGGACCAGCAAUUUCAUCAUUGGCAUGACCUUUCAGUAUAUACAGGCUUGGCUGGAUUGUUAUGUGUUCAUCCUGUUUGCUGCGCUGCUUCUCGGUUUCACUGUGUUUGCUUAUCUUCGGGUCCCUGAGACCAAGGGCAAAACCUUUGAGGAGAUUGCUGCUGUUUUCCAGAAGGGAAGGAAAAAGCAGGCACAGAGCCCCAAAGACGAUACUGAACUGCAGCAGCUCAAAACAUCCACAGAUGCUUAAAACCAACAACUGAGUGUGUUUUGUUGUCUAUUUGUAUGUGUCUGUAACCUGUUAUCCUUGUAGUAUUACAAUGAUUUCUUGGUGAAUGAAGGACUAACCUAAGGUCGUUUACACACGAAAACAUUCCAUUUUUUCAGAAUGUUCAUAUGAGAGCUACACAAAAAUCACCAGUCUAGUGACAUCAUCAUCAUCAUGUUGCUGUUAUAUACAGUGGUGCUUACAUAUAAAAAAGUAAAGUUUUAUUGCAGUAUUAUAGUUCAUUUCACUUUGUGUAAAUAAAAAGGUGUUGCUUGUAUUGUUGAACCUACGGGUUAACCUUUUUAUCGAAGAGUAAGAUCCUUUACAUUUAACCAGACUCCACUGACAAAAACAGUAAUUUUACCUCACAGGACACAGGAGCUGCUCGAAUACCACUGCCUAGAUCAGUUAGUUUAUUUGUUAUUGUGUGGUACUUAUGUAAAGGAUCUGAGUACUCCUUCCACCACGGAGAGUCACACAAUAAUACAAACUAACUAUCUGAUCAAGACAACGGCAUUUCAGCAGCUCCCGUGUUUAGCGAGGUAAAAUUACUGUUUUGUCAGUGGGGUCUGGUAGCAAUGUAAAGCAGUGUUUCUGAUUUUAGAAAAGGAUCUUACUCUUUAAUAAAAAGGUCUAUUUCUGUAGAAAUCAUAUCCAUAAUGUUGUCAGAUACUUCUUCUGUCAGUGACAAACCCACAGACAAAUGCAGAGUUGGGUUACAUUGUAGAAGCUGUUGGCAACUGCACUUAAGUUACUGCUGGUUUACCACUAAGAUGCAUUGAAAAACAAGAAGUGCAGAAUUACAUCACUAUUCUCUCUCUUACAAUAAAAUCAUAGGUCCCCCUUCACCUAGAAAUGUAUUUUGUUUGUUGGUUUGUUGUUUGCUUCACUCAGUGUUUGAUCAUGAAUGUGCAUGUGUUUUGUUGUUGUUUGUUUUUUUGGUCACAAUAAAUCUGAGUCUGAGCGUAAUCUGAA